AUGUCUCCUAUGAAGAUCAUCCUGGAGAUGGAGAUUGGAAUUACAGGUGGUGUAGAAGACGGGGUGGACAACACUGGAGCCGCAAAGGAGAAGCUGUACUCAACCCCCGAGGACGUGUGGGCAGUCUAUGCAGGUCUGAAUCCCAUCUCGCCCAUGUUCACGAUUGCAGCCGCUUUUGGCAACGUCCAUGGAGUCUACAAGGCCGGCAAUGUGGUCUUGAAGCCAGAACUGCUGGCUGACUGCCAGAAGUAUGCCAGCGAGAAAUUAAAGGCAGAGGGCAAGGACAUUGCGAAGCCACUCAACUUUGUUUUCCAUGGUGGCUCUGGAUCCGAGAAGCAUCACAUCACAACUGCGCUCAAUGCUGGGGUUGUGAAGAUGAACGUGGACACCGACACUCAGUGGGCAUACUGGGAAGGCUUGCUGAAGUUCUACAAGGCCAAAGAGGGCUACCUCCAGGGUCAGAUCGGCAAUCCCGAGGGCGAGGACAAGCCGAACAAGAGCUACUACGACCCUCGUAAGUGGAUCCGCGAGUGCGAAAUGACCAUGGUCAGCCGCGUCAAAGAGAGCUGUGCUGAUCUGGCGAACACGAACUGA